AUGGACCCAAAUCAGCCCCCACGUCGAGUUUCUUUCCAUACUAAUGUUGCUGCCGAUUCUACAAGCUCUAUCUCCAGCAACACACCCAAUUUGUCUAACCCUCCAUCUAACCGUGGGCGACCAAGCUCAAGUUUUGGUGGUCCAAGACUCAGGCCAUUGACUCAACUUAAUGACGAAUCAGUCAAGCAAGUUGCGAGAAAAACUUCGCACGAUGAUCAAUCUUUCCCGGGUUCAAUUCAUCAAUCCGAACACUCCAGGCGCGGCAGUACGUCUGCGAAUAGUUUGGCAAACUCGCCCCGGUCAUCCUUGCCCACCCCUGGAUUGACCACUUCCUCUACCAGUGUACCCAACUUCACCUUGGGGGCUCGAGUUCGAGACUUGGAUGUAGAAUCAACUUUUCAAACUCGUCAAGCUAGUCCACAUCCUUAUGAUGUGAUCCUACCAGGAGAUGAGCAUCGUAGAGCUGCCUUACCAACUAAGAACCGUGCUCCAACUACGAUUGCCAGUAGUACAGUUGGCUCCAAUCGCAUGGGCUCAUUUGCCAACCAGCCCCGAAACACGCCCAUCGGUGCCCGUCGAUUCACGCAACCUGCUGCUAGUUUCUCUUAUGGUGGUGGCACCAUUUCCUCAACUGGCACUGCAAAUCAAGCGGCUGCUUUACAUGCCAGGAGAUUUUCUACCAUCGCACGAGAGCCUUCAGUGGCAGUCCGAGCACGCAAUUCUCACGCAUGGUCUGCAGUGUCUGACGUCGACCAUCUGGAAGACGGCUCUAGCGAAGCGAAGAAAAGUGCGCACUCAGACGCAAAAAUCUUGCUCAAUAGCUUCAGCUCGCUUAUGGGACAAGAAGGCGGAGGCGAAGCUGUUGGAAAUUUUGUGAAAUAUAUCUUAUCAGGCGGCCUUGCGAAUUUGAGCACUGAUGUGACCAAAUUGAUCACCAAGGUGCUAGAGAGUGUACCCACAUUACAAGCAGCAUAUCUCACCGUCCAUCUACACGAGAUUAUCGAACAAUUUCAGCGCAUAGGGGGCUUGCUAUAUGCAGAACCCGAGAUUGCCUCAAUGUUCGCUGAAUUUAGUGGAAGCGUUCUCGGCUUCAUGUCAGCGGCACAGUCUGAACCAACUGGCGUAUCGUGUUUGACUAUACUCCGUACAAUGAUGGACAAGGUGGUCUCACUAAGUAUCUAUAAAUCGGCCUUCCUCAAUUUGCUUGAUCGGGUAUGUCAACUCAUCCUGGCGUCUGAAAGUGUACGUGACGGGCUUUGGUCAAGAUUAUCAGAUUCGCUAUUCGGCCCGCAAGGUGUGACAGAACAAAACGAAGUUCGACAUAUAGCAGAGUUUUUAAGUCUUCUAUUUGCUAGCAUUGAACAACUCACCGGAAGCUCCAUCAAACCUCUAGUGAAGAGCUUCGUUUCAUGGAUUGCAUUGAUUGAUGGAUCGUCGACCAAAUUGGCAGCGGAGACUCGCGACAUCUUAACUAAACCACUGACCACCACGGCACCCCCAUCGAGCGAUUACCAGAUGCAUCCACUGGGUUAUGUAUAUUCGCCCUGCGACACAGAUGCAAAACUCGAUCUGAUUUUACAAGCAUGGUCAAGUGGACUAUUCGACACACCCACUCACAAGGAUGUCUACGGUCGUUUCAAGCGGCACCUCGAGAAUGUCAUGCUGGGCAUUCAGGGCAACAGUACCUUUGCACGAUUUUCUCGUGAUCUGCGUAGGGUCUGGUUCGGGAUUAUGGGAGAUUCAAACUCUAAUCAACCGGGGACCGGGGUAGAAGGCGCUUUGGAAUCUGUGAAGACCCUGCUAUCUCAGUUAUUGAUCAUUCCGCUAGGGGAUGUUGAGCACCACGACGAAGCCACCCGACUAGUCUUCUCAAAACUCGAUCUUUCAUUGGUAGAUGAGCUACCGUCCGAGUUUGGCUUCAACACUCAUUCCACAUUCCAUGCCCACGACAACACUUUCUGUAGCAAUACGAGCUUUAGUAUGAAACACAUACAAUUACAGUCGAAAUCCGUGCCAUUCACUUACAUCAACAAGUCCCAAUCUGCUGUUGAGCACACUGGCACCUUGGACGCCAAAUUUGUAUUGGACGUGGUCACUACCCUGAGUCCCAAGGACAAAGCCUUGUUUCAUAUGUUUUCCUCCUUGCCCGUUUACGAGGGAACAAAGCUUGUUGUCACCUCAGCAGACAUCAAAUUUUAUCCAACUAAUUCAAACACCUUGCAUACGAUAUGGCCGGUUCUCGAGAAACAUUUGAUAAACAGUGUGCAACAGCGCGUGACUAGCUGGAUGGAAAGUUUCUUUCAAACUUGGUUACCGACUAAACAUCAUGUCGCUGUAAAGACUCCGAAGCUCACAGUGUCCGCCCUCAACACACCUGCGCAAGCUCAAAAGCUUGCUCAACCAUCACGUUUUCCCGAAACUCACGGGACUGCCAGAGAUCGCUUCAAGGCGUCUAUUCGCGAUUUGACUGGCUUGAAAACAGGAUCGGUGUUGACACACCUUCAGAACCCACUCUCUGGACCUUCUUCGCCAUUGCUGAGCCCUGCUGCAGACGGAGAAUCAAUCGAUGCCAAACGUAAACGAAGACAGUCAAUGGCUGAUCACCUUACCGACAUCUCGAAAGCAGACAGCACAUUGCCGCAAAACAUACAGCGUCCACCAGUUGCUAGCUCGAAUUAUCAGGGACCAAGUCAACACGUCCUACCCAACGUCUUUGAUGAAGACGACGAUGAAAUGACGACUGAAUAUGAUACCAUGGCCCGAAGCCUUUCAGUAUCCGCUGAACGUGACACUACAUCUUUAUCUACGGUCCUUCGACCCGUCGUGUCCGACAAAGCAGACCUGAAUUCAGUACUAUCUCAUCGAGGUGGAAUGCCUUGUUUCCCGACCGGUGAAAUGACAUAUGAAGCAUAUCAGAUGGCAGAGGCUUCUUUGGGAGAACUUGGCUCAAACGGAGGAAAUCUCAACCAUCGAGAACUCUCCUUAAUGGCUCAAAGCUUGUCUGAACUGACCUCGAGAGAUACCACCAUUCGAGCAACGAUUGAAAAUCCUCCAACCAUCGACAACUUGCAUGAUGAACAGCACGUUAUCGGUCUUGUCAACAAUAUGACUAUGGACAAAGUGACACGGCAUUUGAGUGGACUGCCUGACGAGGGUGAGAAGCUGAUCACCGAUGUAGCUAUGCAACACAAGCUAGUCCGCUCAGGCAGCCAUCCUCAAGAGCUUACCGACAAGGUGGUGAUGGCAGAUUUAUUGACUGAUAAGCUAAUGGUUGACAAUACUCUUCCGGAGCAUCAAGCAACCGGUGAUUUGGCGGGCCCUGUCUCUGGACUCGGCGUACCAACCCGACCUGGACUCACUCGUUUGCCAACUAAUGAAGUCAUACCGAUGGGCAAAGUACUCAACAAAAUUGCCACUGUCGACACCACACUCCCCGAAAAUAUAGCUUCGCCGCCCGGCCAUGAACCCGUUCUUAGACAUCCAUCAUCGCGCGGAAGUUUUGCUUCGCUCAAGAACGUACAUCCAAUGAGUAAUACCUUGGACAGUACGAUCGAAAUGGACUUUACUACACCCGAAGGACAAUCAGAGAUGUAUCGGAUGUAUGACAAAGCGAAGAGUGGUAGCGUCGGUGCAGAUCAACAAGUAGUUGGACUGACGGAACAAGAGUUGAAACAGAGAAGACAAUCUUUCAAACUCUCUGAUGAGGCUAUGCGGGAUACUACUCUUUUAGAGACAAUCCGAAGACCCCCGGUUAUUGACUCUAAGGUGGUAGUAACGGCUGAACCCAGUAGCGCGGUAGAAGAAUUGCACAAACAGCGAAAGAAAAGUAUGAAUGCUGGACAAAUUGCUUGA